AAAACAGAAAAUUAAAAACAGAAAAACGAAAUAAGAAAUUAUGUGUAAAAUGAUUAAAAUCUUUAUCCCUGGUGAGCAAAGUGCCCUAGUAACCGUAUGCGGUUGGAAAUCUUCGUCUCCAGCGGUCCGAAGAAGGAGACCGCUAUCUCUGUUUAUCUCCAAUGGAGAAUUCAGGCCUUCGAGCUUAUCAGCAGAAACCGCGUCUUCCCAAAAAUAGGGAAGAUGACGGUGAGAGGCAGAGGAUCCCGAAAUCGGAACUCCUGUUUCCUAUAAAAUGCGUUCUAUAGUUCCUGUUUGCUUCGCCAGAAAUCGAUCAAAGCUCUGCAGUUUCUCCUCCCCGAUUCGUCUUCCUUGCAAAGUAUUGAAUUAUGGGUCAAGCAUUUGGUUGCAUGCAAGUUGAACAGUCUACUGUAGUUAUCAAGGAACAUUUUGGAAGGCUUGAUGAUGUGCUUGAACCUGGUUGCCACUGCUUGCCCUGGUUCUUUGGUUAUCAAGCAGCAGGUCAUCUAUCACUACGUGUUCAACAACUUGACAUUAAAUGUGAAACAAAAACAAAGGAUAAUGUCUUUGUUAAUGUGGUUGCAUCAAUUCAAUACCGCGCUUUGGCAGAAAAAGCAGCUGAUGCAUUCUAUAAGCUCACCGACACCAAGACUCAGAUACAGGCCUAUGUUUUUGAUGUUAUUAGGGCAAGUGUACCAAAGUUGAACUUGGAUGCUGCCUUUGAACAGAAAAAUGAAAUAGCAAGAGCUGUUGAAGAGGAGCUUGAAAAGGCCAUGUCUGCUUAUGGGUUUGAAAUAGUACAGACUCUUAUUGUGGAUAUUGAGCCAGACGAGCUUGUGAAGAGAGCUAUGAAUGAGAUAAAUGCAGCUGCAAGAUCAAGGCUAGCAGCAAAUGAGAAGGCUGAAGCAGAGAAGAUAUUGCAGAUCAAGCGAGCCGAGGGCGAUGCAGAGUCCAAAUACUUGGCAGGGCUUGGCAUGUCUCGACAGCGCCAAGCCAUUGUGGACGGGCUUAGGGACAGCGUGCUUGCGUUCUCCUCAAACGUGCCUGGAACAACAGCCAAGGAUGUGAUGGACAUGGUGCUGGUGACUCAAUACUUUGACACCAUGAGGGAGAUUGGGGCAUCCUCCAAGGCCUCGUCGGUUUUCAUCCCUCACGGACCUGGUGCGGUGAAAGACAUUGCCUCACAGAUCCGGGAGGGACAGCUUCAAGCCAACAGUGUUAAUCAUUAGUGUGGCCUCUAUAUCUAUGGCAGCAUGCAGUUUCUUAUCUUACAUUUGGUUUCUUCACCUUUUCAAAGUAUCAGGGACCAUAUAUUAGUUUUAUGAUAUUCGAAGUUUCUAUUGUAAAAUAUGUAUAUUUAUGUGGAUGACUAUUUAGAUAAUAGGUUACAACCUUUGGUAUGCUCACAUAAUGGUUCAUUAUGUGGUUAACCUUUGGGAUGUUAAUGUAUUUGCCUAUAUAAGGAUAUGUUUUACAAUAAAAUGAGAUAAUAAGAUGAUUAGCAACAUCUAGUUCCUGAAGAACUAGACUGUUGAAUUUAUAUA